AUGUCGCACUCAGAUCUGUUAUUUGUCGACGACGAAGAUGGAUACCACUCGGAUGGUUCGAACUUGACUGAAAUUGCGGCUGAGAUACGGGACAAUGCCGAGAGCAAGACCGUGACCGUUUUGAUGAUAGAUCAGAAAGAACUAAAAAGCGCACUUCACCUGGGAGAAUCACAAAGCGCACUUCACCUAUGCAAUCUCGACAGUCCUCACAAUAUCUUGGACAUAGGCUGCGGAACCGGAGAAUGGGCGAUAGCAAUUGCGGAGAAGUAUCCAUCAGCACGCGUCAUCGGACUCGAAAUCAACGACGACCUCCUUCCGCCCUUGCUGCCACCAAAUCUGACAUUCUACCUGGGUGAUCAUCACACCGAUUUGAUUUUCGAGCGUCGCUUUGAUUUGAUCCACAUUGGCCAUUUGGAUGGCUGCGUUCGAGACUGGGAUGCACUGUUCAGGGAUAUAUUCCGUAUUCUCAAACCGGGAGGCUAUGUCGAAUGCCUGGAGCAAAGUCUUACAAUCGAAUACGGAAAAUAUGAAGAGGAACGGAAGGACGCCUAUCUCACUGGCUUCAUCGCGGAACUUCUAACAGAGUCCCAAAAUCGGGGUAUGCCGCUUGAUGUGGCGCCAAGGCUUUCAAGUCAUCUGGAAAAAACUGGCUUUGCGAUAGCGCGUCUGACGACGAGGAAGAUUUUUUUUGGCGAUCACGGGGGCCUUGAAAGACGUAGAUUCAAGGCUUUUGCAGACAGACUGUUAGCUGGCGCUCCUGAUGAGGUAAUUGUGAAGGCUGCCCUUGCUGCGGGCCAGCUACAGGAAGAUGACUAUAUGACACUAUAUUGGGUGUCUGCGCAAAAACCAAUACAAGAAUUCGCACCGAAGGUGAUGAAAGGAUAUUACUUCUCAGGAUCACCAGCUAUUGGCACGGAUCCGCAGAGUACCGUUGAUUCUAGGCUGGAGUCUAUACAUGCAAACCAUCCUUUAUAUCCGAGUGCGAGCGACGAAAGCAUCACUUCACAUAAUAAGCGCCUCUCAGUUCUUCUUCCUUCACCCAAGUCUGCGACAACUUUCCAUGAAUGUCCGUGGGAGCAGUGCGGGAAGGUAGAUACGGCCCCUAUCUUUCAUGAAGAGGUUAAUUUCACUAACAUUGAUCAGUCUUUUGAACGCAAGUACAACUUGCAACGACGCUACCGUAUCCAUAUGAACGAGCGCCCAUACCAUUGCACGGUGCCUGGCUGCAAUAAGCGCUUCACCCAGCGCAGUGCUCUAACAAGACACUCAAGGACUCAUACCGGUGGGAAGCCCUACUACGGCUCUAAGCGAUUCAUCUUGCCUCGUCUGUCAACGAAAAGGGGGGGGGGGGGGAGGGGGAUUUCAGCGAAGACGAAGACAGGCGACUGGUUGCUUUGA